GCAUAUAUAAAUAUUGAUUUUGAGUAUGAUUUCAGCGAAGAAUGCUAGCAACAGCUUCCAGAGUCUUCAGCAAAACUCCUCUCCUUAAACCCUCUCUCGCCCGCACGCUCUCUCCCUCCCGUUUUCGUCUUACCGUCCGGUCAAUGGCUGAUUCUGCAGCUUCACCCUUCAAGAAAGUCCAGAUUCAGAGAGACGAUACUACAUUUGAUGCAUAUGUAGUUGGGAAAGAAGAUGGUCCCGGGAUUGUUGUGAUUCAGGAGUGGUGGGGUGUUGACUAUGAGAUCAAGAAUCAUGCUAUCAAAGUCUCCCAGCUCAAUCCUGGAUUUAAGGCACUUAUUCCUGAUUUGUAUAGAGGAAAAGUUGGUUUGGAUGUUGCGGAAGCACAACACUUAAUGGACGGUCUUGACUGGCAAGGUGCUGUCAAGGACAUCAGUGCUUCAGUUAACUGGCUUAAGGCAAACGGUUCUAAGAAGGUUGGUGUGACUGGAUAUUGCAUGGGGGGUGCUCUCUCUAUUGCAAGUUCUGUUUUAAUUCCCGAGGUUGAUGCUGUUGUUGCAUUUUAUGGAGUUCCCUCAUCAGAGCUUGCAGAUCCUGCCAAGGCUAAAGCACCUGUUCAGGCUCAUUUUGGGGAGCUUGACAACUUUGUUGGCUUUUCAGAUGUGACGGCUGCAAAAGCCUUGGAGGAAAAGCUGAAACUUUCUGGUGUUCCAUAUGAGGUUCACAUCUAUCCUGGCAAUGGACAUGCAUUCAUGAAUAGGUCACCAGAAGGGGUGCAGAGGAGGAAGAGUAUGGGAAUGCCUGAUGAGGAUGAUGCCGCAGUUGAGCUGGCAUGGUCACACUUCCAAUCAUGGAUGACUCACUACUUGUCUUAAAUAAUUUGCUAUUUGGAUGCAUUUCUGAGAGUCAAAUUUGCAUGGUUUGUUAAAUAUUAGCCUGCUGUAUUACCUAGACUAGACAUACUGGAAGGUUGGGAAUUAUGCUCCCUUUCCUUUCCCAAAAAAAUCCUUAUUUCUAAGGUUGUGUUUGGGUGUGACUUUGGAGAUUUCACUUGCUGAAUUAUCUAAAAUGCGUUUGGUUGAUUGCUUGUAAAUGUUUAUGCUGUGGCCUUCAUGCUUAAAUAAAGGUAUCCUAUCUUUUUCUUUA